AGCUCACAUGGAGGGAACCAGGAGACGUCCAUGGUCCGAUCUCCAGCCGGAGCUUCUCUCCAUGAUCGGCUGUCGGCUCCACACUCGCAUGGACGUCCUCCGGUUCCGCAGCGUCUGCUCUUCGUUCCGCUCCUCCAUCCCCACGCUUCGCCGCGACGCUUCGCGAUUCCCUUUCAGAAUCCCUCGCUCGCGGAGGCCCGACCACUUCCUCAGCGAGAGCACGGUCUACGCUCUCGAGACGGCGGACGGAGCCGCCUCCGGUCGCGCUCGAUGGCUGCUGAGGCUCGAGGAGUCGGAGCGCGGGUACAUUCGGAUCCUCAGCCUCUUCUCGCGGCGGCGGAUGGCGUCCUUGCCCCGCGAGCUCCCACCGGUACUCGAUUGUCUCCAAUUCCGAAUCAUUGAAAUCUGUAGAGAAUACACGCUCGAAUAUGACGGUAGAACUGGAGAAGGUUUGGAGAAAGUAGUGGUGCAUCCAUAUUGUGUAAGGGCUGAUCAACAUCAGUGUUUGGUUUAUUUCAUUGAUGUGGUAGGGCAAUUAUGUUAUUGGAAGUAUGGGGAUGAGAAUUGGAGUCAUUUAGGCGGGGGUUAUGACGACAUUGUAGUCUACCAAGGCAAAGUCUGCGUCACCGAUCAGUUUGGGUCGGUUUCGUGGAUCGAUUCAUCUUUCAAACUUCAAAAGUUCUCGUUGUCAAUCGACGCCGGCAGCUGUCGUUGCCAUCGCCGCCACAGGAAACGUUUGGUGAUCUCAAGUGGUGAUCUUUAUGCAGUGGACGAAUGCAUUAGACAUGGCGGGGCGCGUCAUUUUAGAGCCUACAGAUUGGAUCGAGAAUGUUGGAGAUGGAAGGAGGUGAGAAGCUUGGGCAAUUCGGCUUUCUUCCUCGGCAACGGCCGGUCGUUUGCGGUCCCGGCGACCGAGAUCGACGGGUGCGAAGGGGACUGCAUCUACUACGUGGAGAAUGCCUCUUCCUAUUCUUCCUAUUUCUGGGAAGAUGUAAAGGCGUUCAGCUUGACGGAUCGUGGCCACAAGGACGUGGAUUUCUGGUUUAUUUCGUUGAUGAAGAGAGGGGCAAUUACUCUAGAAUGA